UAUCCCCAGGUGCAUGUCUUUGGAGGUGGGAGGAAGCCGGAGUACCCGGAGGGAACCCACGCAGUCACGGGGAGAACAUGCAAACUCCACACAGAAAGAUCCCGAGCCCGGGAUUGAACCCUGACUACUCAGGACCUUGGUAUUGUGAGGCAGACGCACUAACCAGAGCCAUAAAUCGCAUCUCUAAAACUGGACUGUAAGGCAUUAAAGCCGUAGCGCCAUCUAGUGUCCAUUAUAUGCGACACAGCCUUGUUAAGAUCUAUGAAAGAAGGGUUUUAAACUUCUUAAAGCUUCCUUUUACUUCUUCUCUCAUUUUAACCAAUCAAGGUGUAUCACCCAUCUAUGGAUCCAAAAGAAUACACCGUUUGUCUAAAGGAUCUCCUAAUCUGUUAAUUGGAUUACUAGUCCUUUCCUGAUGUCCACAGUGCCUUUACGCACAAGCACAGGUCACAGCACCAAAAGGACCCUAAGUAUUUUCUGCUCCUUUUUAUAUACCAUCUGUCGAGCAUUUAUUAAUAAAGAUGGCCAUCUUUUUGCUGUACUGCCUUCUUGCCGGUAUCUGUGGGAUAAGUCUCGCUAACAAGAACACAAAUGAAAAGAUUUACUCAGACAACAUCACUCGGAUUCUGGAUCGACUCCUGGAUGGUUAUGACAACAGACUACGACCUGGAUCAGGAGGUGGUAUUACUGAAGUGAAAACAGACAUAUUCGUCACAAGUUUCGGACCUGUGUCAGACAUUGAGAUGGAAUACACCAUGGACAUGUUCUUUCGACAGAUGUGGGUUGAUGAAAGACUUCAAUUUGAGGGUCCCAUUGAAAUCCUGCGGUUGAACAACCUAAUGGUGGACAAGAUCUGGACACCGGACACCUUCUUCCGUAACUCCAGAAAGUCCAUUUCCCACAACAUGACCACACCUAACAAGCUUUUCCGUAUCAUGCAAAACGGAACCGUCCUCUACACGAUGAAGUUGACAAUAAGUGCCGAGUGUCCAAUGUGGCUUAUGGACUUCCCCAUGGAUGGUCACACCUGUCCUCUCAGGUUUGGAAGCUACGCCUACACCAGCAGUGAAAUAAUCUUCACCUGGAGGAAGGGGCCCGUGGCGUCUGUGGACUGUCCCAAAGAGUCCAUGAGUCUUUUGCAGUAUGAUCUGGUGGGACAGACUUUGUCCAGCGAGGUUUUCAAGUCAAACACAGGUCACUACUCCGUGCAGGUGGUCCAUUUCCACCUGCAGAGGAAGCUGGGAUAUUACCUCAUCCAGACGUACAUCCCGCUCAUCAUGGUUGUCGUGCUGUCACAGGUUUCUUUCUGGAUCAAUAAGGAGUCCGUUCCUGCACGUACAGUGGCCGGCAUCACCACAGUGCUGACAAUGACCACCCUGAGCAUCAGUGCCCGCCAGUCGCUGCCCAAAGUAGCCUACGCCACAGCCAUGGACUGGUUCAUCGCCGUGUGUUUCGCCUUCGUGGCGUCGGCCCUGGUGGAGUUUGCAGCUGUCAACUACUUUGCUACGCUGCACGCCAACCAGCUGAAGAAGAAGAAAGGCCGACAAGACCAGCUGCAGGUUUUAGCCACGCCCAGUGACCACGAGCACAACAUUCUGGAAUCCAACACUGGGCCUCAAGAGGGCCUGAAGAGGAGAAACCACUCGAUGUGUUCCAGUGAGCCAGAGGAGGCUCCACCACUGCCGAUAUUCCUUCAGCAGGGCUCAGCUUUUCCUCAAAUCCCACAGCUGGCGGGGACCAGCCCCAUCGAUAAGUACGCCCGCAUUCUCUUCCCCCUGACCUUUGCAGUCUUCAACCUCGUCUACUGGUACAUCUACCUGGCCAAGGACACCAUGGAGAGAGCCAGGUACACGCCUGCAACCAUGGAAUGAGCCUUUUUAUGCGAUUGUCCGUCAACGGAUAUCAAUCUGCUACAAUCAUCACCCACCAAAUAGAUUCAUCUUCACCAUUGCAGGGAUGCCUUUUUAUACACUAGAGCAGGGGUCAGCAACCUUUUUGAAAGCAAGAGCUACUUCUUGGUUACUGAUUAAUGCCAAGGGCUACCAGUUUGAUACACGCUUCAAUUAAUUGCCAGAAAUACCCAAUUUGCUCAAUUUACCUUUAACUCUUAUUAUUAAUAAUUCAUGAUAUUUAUCUUUGUGGAAAAAACGAUCAUCUUAAUGAUUCCUCACAAUAAAUAUAUAUAGAAACAGAUAUAUAUAUAUAUAUAUAUAUAUAAAGGGUAUUUUUGUCUGUCAUUCCGUCGUACAUUUUUUUUCCUUCUACGGAAGGUUUUUUUGUAGUGAAUAAAUUAUGAAAAAAACACUUAAUUGAACGGUUUAAAAGAGGAGAAAACACGAAAAAAAUUCAAAUUAAAUUUUGAAACAUAGUUUAGCUUCAAUUUCGACUCUUUAAAAUUCAAAAUUCAACCGAAAAAAAAGAAGAGAAACUAGCUAAUUCGAAUCUUUUUGAAAAAAUUAAAAACAUUUUUUUUAUGGAACAUCAUUUUCCUGAUUAAGAUUAUUUUUAGAAUGUUGAUGACAUGUUUAAAAUAGGUUAAAAUCCAAUCUGCACUUUGUUAGAAUAUAUAACAAAUUGGACCAAGCUAUAUUUCUAACAAAGACGAAUCAUUAUUUCUUCUAGAUUUUCCAGAACAAAAUUUUUAAAAGAAGGUUUAAAUUUGAUUCUACAGAUUUUCUAGAUUUGCCAGAAUCAUGUUUUUGAAUUUGAAUCAUAAUAACAAAUAUUUCACAAAUAUUCUUCUGCGAAAAAACAGAAGCAAAAAUGAAGAAUUAAAUUAAAAUGUAUUUAUUAUAAAAAAUAAAUACAUUUACUUAAACAUUGAUUUAAAUUGUCAGGAGAGAAGAGGAAGGAAUUUAAAAGGUAAAAAGGUAUAUGUGUUUAAAAAUCCUAAAAUCAUUUUUAAGGUUUUAUUAUUUCUCUAGAAUUGUCUUUCUGAAAGUUAUAAGAAGCAAAGUAAAAAAGUUAAUGAAUUUAUUUAAAGAAGUGAAGACCAAGUCUUUAAAAUAUUUUCUUGAAUUUUCAAAUUGUAUUUGAGUUUUUCUGUCUUAGAAUUAAAAAUGUCGAGCAAAGCGAGACUAGCUUGCUAGUAAAUAAAUACAAUUUAAAAAAUAGAGGCAGUUCACUGGUAAGUGCUGCUAUUUGAGCUAUUUUUAGAACAGGCCAGCGGGCGACUCAUCUGGUCCUUACGGGCUAUGUUGGUGCCCGCGGGCACCGGGUUGGUGACCCCUGCAGUAAAGAAUACUGAGUAUAUUCACAUGGAGCAAAAGCUAUCUAUUUUUCUCCAAUUGAUGUUGUUCAAAGUGUAGACGAGGGGUCGGCAACCCAAAAUGUUGAAAGACCAAAAAAUACAAAAAACAAAUCUGUCUGGAGCCACAAAAAAGAAUGAAAACAACAAAUGACGUAAGCCUACUAUCAAAACGACUAUGUGUCGCAGGCUGAAGCAAACCUUUGUUGACAGAAAUGUUGAAAUGUAAUAUUUAUUGUACACAUUUUUUACAACACUAGAAACUCAUUAGUAAAUCAGAGGCUUUUCAGAAGGUGAGAUAACUCCUGGAAAUAACUGGUUUUUAAUGGCCAAAGGUAUAGAUGUGUGUGUCCAAGUUUAAGGAAAUGGCAGGAUGUCUUCUUUUAAUAGAUUUAUUACAAUCUGUGGCACAAACAACUAUCUGAAAUGUCAUGAGACAUGCAAAUAUAAAGUAUAUACAAAGAGGAUAAAAGUAAAGGAUAUUAAAUGAGCUCAAAUAUACCAACGAAUGUGGCAUAAUAAUGCAAUAUGUACAUAAAGCUAGCCUUAAUAGCAUGUUAGCAUUUAUUAGCUUGCAGUCAUGCACUGACCAAAUAUGGCUGAUAAUCACUCCAACAAGUCAAUAUCAUCCACAAAGACCACAUUUGAGCAUUCACACACAGUAUAAAACUUUUGUUGGACAAAAUGAGACAAAGAAGGAGUGGAAGAUUUUACAUGUAAACAAACUGUUGCGUCACAGUCCACACUAUGGUGGGUUCAAGAACCCGCAAAAUUAGUAGGACAAAACGAUGUCUACCAAAUACUCUGAUCAGUGAAGCAUACACACAAACA